GCGGGUGCGAAACGCUCGUGUGAAUUGUGAAAUAAAAUUUAGUAUUUCUUUAUAAAAUCGCGAUUGUAUCAAUACGAAAAAUUGGAGGAAAUUUCCGAAGUGCCGUGCCAUGAAAACAACAAAAAUUACCGAUGUCGCCAUGAUGGAAGAUAAACGGGAUAAUCCCGUUUUGUUAAACUUCCAGAACGCCGAAAUGGGCUACAAGAACGACAGCCAGAUUCAGUGCUUCCGUGCCGAGGACGUCGAUCGGGCAACCCGCGAAGGUGACCCGGGCGCCAAACCUUCCCGGAUGGCGGUAGUCAUCAGCGGUCAGCAAGCGUACCGUGGCUAUCUGGGCGAGGGACUCCCGUCGGACCUGAUGGACACCUACGUGGCCAUCCGGAGCAAAAAGACCGGCAAAAUGCGUCUCAUCCAGCUGGAGGAAUGCACCAUGCUGAACGCCUGCUACGACGACAACAAGAACAAAUUCCAGGAGCAGGAGAGUUCGCUAACGGUGAUGCGGAAGUUCGGCGGUAAGGUGGCCAUUCGAGCUCUGGAGCGUAUCGAACGGUCCGGUAGCAACAUCGAUGUGAUGAAUGAUAGCAUUCAGCAGACGGUCCGGGCGUACGACGACGAACAGUUCACCGAAGAAAAUGCGUUUUUGAAGACCAAAGUGGAAGGAGAGUUGAUCUUGGCCAGCAUAAAGCCACCGAGAAAUCCGGAAGCGAAAACGCCAAUCGAACUGUAUCGUUUGGAAGACUUGUUGUCGGAGCCGGUUCUCAACAGCUUGAAGACCGCCGGAUUGGGGCUAAUGCAAAAGGAUCCGGAAACGCUAGAACUGUCCAAUGUCUAUCUGACGAACAAGGUAAAGGCGGCUCUGCAGUCAAAGGAACCAGACUCUGAUGAAAAUGUUCGCACGCUACAGAUUUGCCUGUACAUGGAUGCCUUAUCUCUGCUGCUGCAAACGAACGCUAGUAACUUUGAAAAAAUGACACUGUCGACAUAUUCAAAAGAGUUGUACUUUGAAAUAAGACGAAAGUUUUCCGAAGUCCACCAUCAUAAACCGUUGAAGACAAAAUAUUCGAAACACAAGGCUCUGACUCACUAUCUGGCAAUGGCGUUUGUGUUGGACAAUGGAGUGCUGAAUGUGGAUCAACUUCACGGUGGAUUGAACAUAAACAAGAACGAACUGUUGAAGUUUGCCGCGUUUAUAGGCGGGUCGUACAAUUCGGUGAAGAAUGUGUUGACGCUACGAAUGACCGGAGGGGAGGCUAGCACUGGGAGACCGUUCGUCAACAGAAAGCGGUACGGAAAGAGGAACUAGUGAUCAGAGCAAACAACAACUUGAACAACUUAAUUCAUUCAGAUGUAUCAUACAUUUAUGUAAUUUUUGCACCAUAAGUUGA